GCGCCACACCUCAAUAACUCUGGGCUUCAGCGAACCAGCUAAAUGCUUAUCACUUUAUCGAAGGACUAAAUUUAUUUAUAUAUAUUCACAUUAGUUUCUACUGGAAGAACAUGAACAAAAAAAAAGUAAAAAAAAAAAUCUCUCUUCCCUGUCCGCCAUGCCAUCUAUGGAGUUUUGGGGUAUUGAGGUAAAAAGUGGGCAGCCACAGAAGGUCAAUCCUGGUGGUCGCAGGGUCAUUCAUCUGUCGCAGGCUUCCUUGGGGGAGGUCAAGAAGGACAAGGGAAAUGGACAUGUAUGUCUGUAUCUGAAAGUUGAUGAUAAGAAACUGGUUCUUGGAACACUUUCUCCUCUAAAAUUGCCUCAAUUGAGUUUCGACCUGGCUCUUGAAAAAGAUUUUGUGCUGUCUCAUAAUUGGAAAAAUGGGAGUGUCUACUUCACUGGCUACAGAGUUAAAAUGGACCAAACAAUGGUUGCUGACAGUGAUGAUUCUGACUCUGACGAAGAUGUAAAGGAGAUUUUGCUUAGAAACAGUGGAAAACCCGAGUUACAGGCCAAGUCUGUUUCCAAGCAUCCUAAUAACAUUAAGCCUAAUGCAUCCACUGCUAAGGAGAACGUGAAGAAUGUUAAACCCAAUCGGAAGUUUGAUGAUAGUGAUUCUGACGAUACUGAUUCGAAAGAUUCAUCCACCGAUGAUGAUGAGACCAGUGAUGAUGAGGAUUUAAAUCAUAUCAGUGGUGAAAGUAACAAGAGUGGUCAUGAACACAAUGAACGUGAUGAAGAUGAUGAAGACAGUGAUGAGAGUGAGAGUGAUGAUGAGGAUGAGACACCAAAGAAAGUGAGGGCUGAACCAAGCAGGAAGAGAUCUGCAGAAUCUGCAACAAAAUCCCCUGUUCCUGACAAGAAGACUAAAUUCAUCACACCUCAAAGGACUGAAGGCAAGAAAGGGGUUGUUCACACUGCUACUCCUCACCCUUCAAAACGGGCUCAGAAAGCACCUGUUAACAGCAGCCAAUCAAAGCAGCAAACUCAAAAAUCAGGCGGGUCAUUCUCGUGCAAGUCUUGCAACAGGUCAUUUACCACAGAAGGCGGAUUGGAAGCUCAUACAAAGGCUAAGCACGGUGCUGCUGCUUGAGCAGUGUGGUCCACCUAGCUUUCUUCACUGAUCUCAUUUGUGAGAUGAAUUAUUGUUGAGAAAGAAGAGUGAUGAAUAGGUUAAUGAAUUGAAUCUGGUAGUCGUUUUGUGGAAUUUAUGUUUUUGUGGGCACCUGGUUUUCGUAAAACUAACUAAUCAGCAUAUAUUUUUAAGGCCUCGGAGACUUAAAA